AUGAUGAAAUAAGAAGACAUGAUAAUCAAGGCUAAAACCUGGAAGACAGUUUAUCCUCAUUAUCUCGACUCUACUCUUUCAUAACAAGAAGGACGUCGUGUAUCUAAAGCAGUAGGAGUUCCUAAUAUCACUAUUAUGGAAAUGGCUAAGGCAUUAGAAAAAGUUAAGGUACCAGUUGUUGUUGAAGUGCAUAAGUCAUAUCCUAGAGAAACAAUGAUUAAAGGAAGAGUGAAAGUAAUGCUUUUUGAUGAUAGCAAUAAGCUAGUAAAUCCAUCAGUACCUUCAAAAAAGGUACUUUAUGCUAAGAUAUGCGAAUAUGUUAAAUAAUUAGAUGAUAGAAUUAAAAAUCCAAAUGGAAAGCCCCAUCCUUUUAAAUUAGAUUAAAUUUCAAAAAUGGAAGAGGAAAAAAAAGAAGUUCCUGUUGUUUAGAAAUAAGAAAAGGGUAAAUCAAAAAAGGGAAAAAAAUGA